AUGGACUCUAGAAACUCGCCAGAGGUACCUGGUAUUAUACAACCCAGCAAUGUGACUCAAGAUCUGCGAAUGAUGAUGUGCAAGCUUCUCAAUUCGCCAAAACCUGCGAAGACCUUCCCAGGUUCCCAACCCGUAUCUUUCCAGCAUGCUGACAUAGAAGAUAAGCUUUUAGAACAAGACUACUACGUUUGUGAAAAGACUGAUGGUCUUCGUGUUUUAAUGUUGAUUUUGAUAAAUCCAGUUACUAGAGAACAAGGUUGUUUUAUGAUUGACAGAGAAAACAAUUUCUACUUGGUGAAUGGUUUUAGAUUCCCCAGAUUACCCCACAAGGAUAAGAAAGAGCUACUCGAGACCUUACAGGAUGGUACCCUAUUAGAUGGUGAAUUGGUCAUACAAACGAACCCAAUGACUAAAUUAAAAGAAUUGAGAUAUCUAAUGUUUGAUUGCUUGGCGAUAAAUGGUAGGUGUUUGACACCAUCACCAACUAGUUCCAGACUAGCUCACUUGGGUAAAGAAUUUUUCAAACCAUAUUUUGAUUUAAGGCUGGUAUAUCCUGACCAAUGUGUGACAUUUCCAUUCAAAAUAUCCAUGAAGCACAUGAGCUUUAGCUAUGAUCUUCUGAAAGUGGCGAAUAGUUUAGAGAAGUUACCACAUAUGUCUGAUGGUUUAAUUUUCACGCCUGUAAAGACACCUUAUUUUGUUGGUGGUAAAGAUUCGCUUUUAUUGAAAUGGAAACCUGAAGAAGAGAAUUCUGUAGAUUUUAAAUUAAUCUUAAACAUCCCCCUGGUGGAAGAUGAAACUUUACCCAAGAAAGACCCUAGCAGAUGGUAUCACAAUUAUGAGGCUAAGCCAAUUUUUGAUCUAUACGUGUGGCAAGGUGGUGCCGAUGUAAAUUCCAAAUUACAGAGAUUUGAUUGUCCGUUCAGUAAGAAAGAAUUGGAAUUAUUGGAAAGGACUUACAAGAAAUUUGCUGAAUUGACGUUAUCAGAUGAACAAUGGCAGGAGCUGAAGAAUUUAGAACAGCCUUUAAAUGGUAGAAUUGUGGAAUGUACAAAAGAUCAAGAGACUGGUGCUUGGAAACUUUUAAGAUUUAGAGAUGACAAAUUAAACGGUAAUCAUACCUCAGUGGUACAAAGGGUUUUAGAAAGUAUCAGUGAUUCCGUAAAGUUAGAAGAUUUGGCGGAAGUGAUAUCAAGCAUAAAGCAAAGAUGGGAAAUGAGAAGACAGAAUGGUAGGCCGCCUGAAGGAACCUCUGGCCAACUUCCACCUCAGAACCAUCGUCCUUCCAAUGAUGUCGGAUCUGAACCACAAGGUCAGCCAAACUAUGUUGACGAGGAGUGGUCUGAAUAA